UCUCCUCUCUCUCUAUUUUCUCUUCCUUUUAAACGACUGUCCCCUCCCCUUUUCUUCUCUUCCACCGUUUCUUUCCUUUUUUUCUCUUGCGCGAUUGACGCGCAUCUCUCCCUUCAACAUGGAUAUGAACCAUCUUAUAGGUCAGCGGUUCAACCUGAUCUCCAAGAGUGACAUUCGCUAUGUGGGUACUUUACAUGAGAUCAACCCUGAAGCUUCCACAAUAGCCCUUGAAAAUGUCGUAUCCUUCGGUACCGAGGGCCGGCGAGGCAACCCAGCAGAGGAGAUCCCUCCAUCCGCCAGCAUCUACGAAUACAUCGUUUUUCGUGGCAGUGAUGUAAAGGACAUCAGUGUAGCCGAAGACAAGAAGGAAGAUGCAACCCCAGAGCCUCCGCAGGUACCUGAUGAUCCUGCCAUCCUAGGAAGCAUGUCUCGCCCAGGACCCGCCCCUCAAGGACCUCUCCCUCCCUCUCAACCACCUCAGCAGUCCCAGGUCCCGCGUCCCGCUCCACCUGGUUACCCCCCUCAACCACAAUUCCAAGGAGGCUUUUACCCCCCUUAUGGACAACGUUUUGGAGGGCCAGGAUUCCCACCCGGUCCUGGCUUCCCUAAUAUGCCUUACGGGGCCCCCCCCGGAUGGUUCCCCCCUCCCGGUCAAGGAUUCCCUCAACCCGGCCAAUUCCCUCCGCAGGUGCCUAUUGGACUUCCUGGCCAACACCAGACACCCCCUCCACCGCGGCCAAUGCCCGGUGCCGGGCCGUUAAACACGCCUAAGAAUACAUCCGAGCUUCCGGUGUCGGAAAGACCGUCCAGUAAGCCGGCGAGCCGUAAUGGCACGCCUGCCCCAAGUGGAGCCGCUCAGAAUGCCCCCACCCCGCCGGUUGAGUCCAAACCACCAGUUUCGGAGGCACUUCAGGCGGUGACUGGUCCAACUCAGGGUGUUCCUACUGCAAAUGGCAAGGCACCACCCACUGGUCCCAGGAGUGGACGCGUACAACCGGCUAUUCCCAUCGCCGCCCCGUCGAAGGCUCCUGUCCCCCAGGCGCAUGGCCCCGCUGGUGUGCCCCAAGGACAGGCUCAGGCAGCAAUCACUGAAGCUACUCGUGCGGCCACCGCUGCUGUAGCAGCUGCUAUGGCCAAGUUGCCACAGCCCGGUGUCCAGAAGAAGCCUGGCGAUGUCUCCGUGGAGGGUGUGACGAAACAAAUGGCUGAAAUGAAGCCUUACGAGCAUCGCGCGCCGCGAGGCGGUCAUCACACUCGUGGCGGCCGUGGCAGCCACCGUGGCCAAUAUCAAGGCAAGAAGAUUGAAGUACCGGAAACGGACUACGACUUCGAGACCGCCAAUGCCAAGUUCAACAAGCAAGACUUGGUCAAGGAAGCUAUUGCCACCGGCUCUCCUGUUCAUGAAGUUGAGGCACCCAUUCCCAAUGGUGAACCGGAAACCCCGGACAGCUAUUCCGGUGCCUACAACAAGUCCAGUUCGUUCUUCGACAACAUCUCGAGUGAGGCUCGGGAUCGUGAAGAAGGAACCACGGCUCGUGCUGGUGGUCGGGAGUGGCGUGGUGAAGAGGAGAAGAGGAACAUUGAAACCUUCGGCCAAGGUAGCGUCGACGGCUACCGUGGCAGUUACCGGGGUCGCGGCAGAGGCAGAGGAUAUGGCCGAGGCCGCGGCGGUGGCUAUGGUCGGGGUUACAAUGGUCGUGGCCGUGGUGGAAUGCGUGGCGGCCGCAAUAUGUCCCAGUCCACCGGCGUUCCUGCCCAGAACUAAUCGCUUUCUGUUUGGCACUUUCGACCUCUUACCGAUCUUCACACUUAUUUUAUCAUGCGCUUAGCGUUGAACAUUUUUUUUUUUUUUUUU